AUGACUGAAGCUCAAGACCGGCCCAAUCGUCGCACAUAUCAGGGCAGCUGCCACUGCGGCGCCUUUGCCUACGAAAUCGAUCUUCCGGAGCUGAAAACCGUCAUAAAUUGUGACUGCAGCUUCUGUAGUCGCAAAGGCAAUCUCUAUGUCCUGACGAGUGAGGAGGACAAUUUCAGAGUUAUCGAGGGUAGCGAAGAGAGGCUCACGUCUUAUACAUUUGGCCCGAGGAACAAGAUCCACAAGUUUUGCCCUAAAUGUGCCACAAGCAUGCUUUCGAGGAUGCCUACUGGCCCUCCGCAGUUAAAGCUGCUGUUGAAUGCACGUGCCAUACAAGACAUCGACAUCGAUCAUAUAGGAAGAAGAAACAUCUUCAACUCCAAGCUCGAUCCACAGUAUCUUCCUCCAGCUCACAAAGGAGGCAUGCCGUCCAGCAUCGAAGGCGGCCAAAUUUACACUGGAAGCUGCCAUUGCGGUGCCGUGACCGUUGCUCUCUCGUGUAAGCCUUUAGAGUCAUGCGAAGAGAGAAUAGCGGAAUGCAGCUGCGGCAUCUGUCAGCGUAAUGCAUGUGUCUGGAUUUCGCCCACCCCCGAAAAUGUCGUCCUCUCGGGAUCCGAAGAUGCCGUAGGCCGCUACGUACUCGCUGAUGGCCUGACGAGUAAAAUAUUCUGCCACACCUGCGGUGUCAACAUGUCAAGUAUCAGGAACGAACUCUCUGAAAAAGAGAUACUGGAACUCACUGAGCAGGAUCUCCAAGACUAUAGGAGAGGCAGAGCACAUACUCCGAUCAAUGCGCGAACCUUACAUGGAGUAGACGUAGGAAGAUUAAAAAUGAUUGUGAUUGAGGGCACGGCUGCUACGCCAUGCCGGUUGCAUUUGUGAAAUCUCCAAAAAGGACAUCUGGAGCGGGAGAGGCAGAGUGGUGCAUUGUCGUGUGUAGCAAUUG